GGUUAUGGGCGCUACACAUUCUCCAACAAAUUUUUCAAAUACGAAGGCGAUUGGAUGGACGGCAAGAAACACGGGCACGGUAAGUUAACAAUGAAUGACGGAAGUUACUACGAAGGAGAUUUUGUUAACGACGAGAUAGUUGGUCGCGGCGUUUCUUACGACGCAACUACGGGCUGCCAAUACUCUGGCAUGUUUCACAUGGGGGAGAAGUGUGGGACAGGUUUGAUGAGAUAUGAGGAUGAGUCGGUCUACGAUGGACAGUGGGUCGACAAUAAAAGGCAGGGUUAUGGGAAGCAUGAAUAUCCUUCAGGAGAAGUAUAUUCAGGUUUCUACCACAAUCAUUUGAAACAUGGAGAGGGAACCCAAAUAUUCAAAGAUGGCUCUAAAUACAUUGGGCAUUGGAUCAUGGGUUUACAACAUGGACAUGGAUUGAGAACAUAUGCUGAUGGCUCACAUUAUGAGGGUCAAUGGAGACAUGGUGUGAGACAGGGCAUUGGAGUCUACUGCCACAUUUCCGGCUGCAAAUAUGAGGGACUGUGGACCAAUGAUAAGCCAAACUGGCAACCUACCAAGCUUCACCUCGUUUUAGCUUCUGAAAAUAAUAGUUUAAAUUUUAAUACAGAGUUCUCAAUUAUUGUUGAAUGUCUGGAUGAAAAUAAAAAAGUUUGCGAUUUAGGUUGGUUAUAA